UCUAGGUCGAGAUGAGGAUAGUUAGCGUUUUGGCGACAGCGCUUUUUUGGUUCCAGGUGAAUUGCUCGGAUGACGAUGAGUUUACCGGUAACAAUGCCCUCUACAGGUGUGGUAUCCAGAAGCGAUUCGGGGAGCAGCUGAUCCAUCACGGUUGGAGUGCCGAACUUGGUCAAUGGCCAUGGCACGUGGCCCUGUAUCAGGAGGAAAGCGGCAAUUUCAGCUACAAAUGCGGGGGGACGUUGAUCGAUCAAAGGCACAUUCUUACGGCGGCCCAUUGCGUGGUUCAGAAAAAUGGACUACCCUUUGAGGGGGACAAGCUCAUGGUGGAACUGGGGAAGCACGAUUUGUACGAUUAUCCGGAUCAGGUGCAGGUGAGAAAUGUGAGUGAAGUUCACGUCCAUCCUGAGUACAGUCCCAAUAGGCAUGAUAUUGCCGUUUUGGUUCUGGAGAAAAUUGUUCGGUACUCGGAUUUUGUGGUUCCCAUUUGUAUGGAAGAUGUCCGGAGAGGCCUGCGGGAUGAUUUGAUAGGCGAGAGAGGAUGGGUCGCUGGAUGGGGGUUGGAUGAGCAUGGAUCGGUAUCGAUGAAGCUUAAAACGGCCCGCAUGCCUGUGGUUAGCUACACCGAAUGUAUCGAGAGUGAUCCGACGCUGUUUGGGCGUUUUAUCUCCGAGGCAGUGUACUGUGCAAGUGAUCGGAAUAGUACAAGUGUGUGUCUGGGGGAUAGUGGCGGUGGAAUGUACUUCAGUACCGGGGAUCAUUACGAGCUGCGGGGGAUCGUUUCUUUUUCGGGCAAAACUCUUACUGGAGGCUGCAACGUUGAUAAGUAUGUCGCAUUCACCAACAUUGCGUACUACUAUCCGUGGAUCAGUAGCUUGACCCGGGACGAAAUCGAGCAUUACGAUAACUUACCGAAGAGGAUUAGCGAGCAAAAGUGUAAGGAGUUUGCUCAAUUGGCAAGGAAACGCAACAACGGAGUGUGUUACAAUGCCCGAUCGCCCCAUUCGGUUGCAAUCGUUAAUGGGAGCAUUCUUAUCUGCAGUGGGGUCCUAAUUAGUGAAUUUUUCGUCAUGACAUCGUAUAAUUUUUGUUUGAAAAAUUACAGUGACAAGAUUGCGAAUUUGUUCAUUCGAAUUGCCUACGAUUUGGAUUUGGAAGUUAAAGCCAUUUACCGUCACCCGGACAGCGAAAGUACGCCUGGAGUAGAUCUGGGAUUAAUCGAACUGACCGAUAGAGUAAAACUGGAACGCCAACUGAUCCCGGCUUGUUUGGCCAACGAGGGAACCGAAAACCUGUACGACAAUCUACUGAGGACGGGAUUCAGUGGGAAACGUGUCUACGAGUUUUUCGAAAGUUCCGAGAAUCGGUUGAUGCCACUGAAGGAGUGUAAGGACUAUAUGUCGAAAACCUCGUCGACCGAGGUGGCCUCCAAUCAGAUUUGCAUCCAGCUGCAGGAAACUUCGUCGGAGGAGGAUGAUACACCGUCCCACAACCAGGGCAUAGUCGGAAGUGGAUUGCAGACGUUCAACAGUCGGAGUUGCAUGUCCACGGUUGUCGGAGUGACCAGUCGGAUGCAGCAGGGCGAUUUGAGCGUGGCACUGUACACCCGGGUGGCUUCGACGCUCGGUUGGAUCGAGAAUAUCGUCUGGGGCGGGGGAAGGGAUCUGGAAGCCGUGGCCACCACCCAAAUGCCGGUGUGGUUCACGUUCUACUUCCGGUUAGUCACGAACAACGAAACCGGAGAGCUCGAAGCUAGGUUGUUCAAUGCCGAGACUGGUAAGGACGCUUGAGGGUUUUUGCAAAGUCAACUUCAAAAUACCCUUCAAGCUGAGUGAGAUGUUACC